AUGUUGGCCCGAUCUGUCUUGCGGAGUGUGCCGUCGAAGGCCAUCUCCAGGCAAUGCUUCCAGCAGGUUGCAAAGAGAUCGUCCUCCACCGCUUCUGGCUCGCAAACACAGUCUCCAUUUUACCUGACCUUAACCGCAUCGGCAGCUACGGCCACUGCCAUCGGCUCUAUGGCCUGGUAUUAUCAUCUCUAUGGAGAUGAAGCCUUUGCCAUGACUCCCGCCGAGGAGGGUCUCCACGCUACUCAGUACCCUUGGGAACACAGCAAGUGGCUCAAGACCUUCGAUCAUGCAGCCCUUCGCCGUGGUUUCCUCGUUUACCGUGAAGUUUGUGCUCAGUGCCAUUCUCUCAGCCGUGUCCCGUGGCGAUCAUUUGUUGGUGUCAUGCACACUGUCGACGAGAUGAAGGCAAUGGCUGAGGAACACGAGUACGACACCGAGCCCAACGACCAGGGUGAGAUUGAGAAGCGUCCUGGAAAACUGUCCGAUUACAUCCCGGCUCCCUACAAGAACGACGAAGCCGCCAGAGCUGCCAACAACGGUGCCUUGCCCCCAGAUCUCAGCUUGAUUGUCAAGGGCAGACAUGGUGGCUGCGACUACAUCUUCUCGCUCUUGACCGGCUAUCCUGAGGAGCCCCCAGCUGGCGCCAGCGUUCAGGAAGGAUUGAACUUCAACCCCUACUUCCCUGGUACAGGAAUUGCUAUGGCCCGUGUUCUUUUCGAUGGUCUUGUCGAAUAUGAAGAUGGAACCCCUGCUACCACCUCCCAAAUGGCCAAGGAUGUUACUGAGUUCCUCAACUGGGCUGCCGAACCCGAGAUGGAUGAUCGAAAGAAGAUGGGUAUGAAGGCUGUAGUCCUUCUCAGCACCCUUUUUGCGAUCAGUGUCUGGGUCAAGCGUUACAAGUGGGCCACUAUAAAAACGAGAAAGAUUGUCUACAACCCACCAAUUGGCCCCAGGCGAUAA